AUGAAAACAAUGGAUUUGGUUAUACCUACUCAACAGUUUUACUCACUUCACCACUCUCACAAAGAAGGUUCUAGAUUAACAUUCUUCCGAAGAAAACCUCUCGUUCUAUCCGUUGGGAAUGUUACAAAGCUGAAAUGUAGUACAGGUUCUAACAAAUAUGUUAGAACUGUUUAUGCUGUUUCCAAAUUCGAAACUUCUGGUUUGAAUGGUAAAUCACAACAUAUUGAUAAAAACCCUAAUGUGUAUAAUUCCAAUGGUGUUAUAGAAUCGUCCCAUAAUAGUGGUUCAAGAAAUCUAGAGGAGUUAGACAGCACUAAUCAUCUUCGGAAAUUGGUUAAAAUCGGCAAAUUAGAACGAGCUUUAAGCUUUCUAGAGAGUGUUAGUUACAAAGGAGAUAUUCCGGAUGUCAUUGCGUGCACGAGCCUCAUUCGCCAGUUUUGCAAGACUGGUAAAACUAUGAAAGCUACACGGGUUAUGAAAAUUCUGGAAGAUUCUGGUGCUGUUCCGGAUGUUUUAGCCUACAAUAUUUUGAUUAGCGGUUUAUGCAAAUCGGGGGAGAUAGAGAAAGCUUUGGAGUUUCUUGAACGGAUGAGUGUUUCGCCUGAUGUGGUUACUUACAAUACGAUUUUGCGUAGUUUGUGUGAUAGAGGUAAAUUGAAGCAAGCUAUGGAUGUUUAUGAUAGGCAAGUGCAAAGAGAAUGUUAUCCGGAUGUGAUUACAUACAAUAUAUUGAUAGAAGUGACUUGUAAAGAGAGUGGAGUUCGUGAAGCGAUGAAGUUAUUGGAUGAGAUGAGGAUUAGAAGUUGUAAACCAGAUGUGGUUACUUUCAAUGUUCUUAUCAAUGGUAUUUGCAAGGAAGGUAAGUUGGAUGAAGCGAUUAGGUUUUUGAAUAACAUGUCAUCCUAUGGUUGUGAACCGAAUGUGAUUACGCAUAAUAUUGUUUUGCGUAGCUUGUGUGGUACUGAAAGAUGGAAGGAUGCAGAGAGCUUAUUGGCUGACAUGCUUCGUAAGGGUUGUUCUCCUAGUGUUGUUACUUUCAAUAUCUUGAUUAACUUUUUGUGUCGGAAAGGAUUGCUCAGUAGGGCAAUGGAUAUCUUGGAGAAGAUGCCAAACUAUGGUUGUACUCCUAAUUCCUUGAGUUACAAUCCAUUGCUUCAUGGAUUUUGUCUAGAAAAGAAGAUGGAUAAAGCAAUUGAGUAUUUGAAUGUAAUGGUGUCUAAAGGUUGUUACCCGGAUAUUGUGAACUAUAAUACUUUGCUUACUGCUUUAUGCAAAGACGGGAAGGUGGAAGAUGCUGUUGAGUUGUUGAAUAAAUUGAGUAGCAAAGGAUGCUCUCCGGUUGCAAUUACUUAUAAUACAGUUAUUGACGGGCUUUUGAAGAUGGGGGCAACAGAGCGUGCUGUGAAACUCUUGGAUGAGAUGUGUCGGAAAGGUCUUAAACCCGGUGCAAUUACAUACACUUCGCUGAUUGGGGGAUUUAUCCGCGAGGGAAAGGUUGACGGUGCUAUCAAAAUUUUCCAUGACUUGGAAAGAUUAGGUAUUAGGGCCGGUGCUGUCAAUUACAACUCAAUCAUGUUGGGACUUUGUAAGGCACGUCAAACUAGCCGUGCUAUUGAUCUUCUGGCUCAUAUGGUAGCAAGUGGAUGCACACCUAAUGAAGGUACGUAUACAAUUCUUAUUGAAGGCAUUGCUUAUGAAGGAUUCACUGAGGAGGCUUUGGGGUUAUUGAACGAGUUGUGCGUCUGGGGAUUUAUGAAGAAAAGUUCUGCAGAAAAGGGAACUGGGCUGGAAUUAAAAGAAAAGAUGGAGCACAAUGAGUUAAAUCUUGAACAAGGAGGCCUGUGA